AUGGUCAAUCGGCUAGACCUUGCCAUUCCUGCGGCGCAAAAAGCGGAGAUUAGGAUCGAAGCCUGCAUCGUCGUGAAGGCCGUUCGAGUUGGCGGCUACUACUACUAUUGA